CGGGCGCGCGGGCGCGGCGCGCCGUGGCGGACGAGCGCGAGCGGGAGGAUGGGACGGGACGAUCGGUCGAGGACGAGAGCACGGUGCGAUCGUAUUCGGUGUUCGUGGAUAAUCCCGUGGAUGGGACGAACACGUCGGUGCGCGUGGUGGGGCCGAAUCGGCGAGGGUCGCUCGCGCGGACGGUGUCGGCGCUGACGAAUUACGGCUUGGACGUCGUGAGCUCGUUCACGCGAACGACGGAUGAUGGGCGGACGGUGGACGAUGUGUUUUAUGUGACGAUGACGACGAGGUCGUUGGACGCCUCGUUCGACGACGCCGCCGCGGAUGCGGGGCAGGUUCCGGAGAGUAGUUUUCAAGAUUUGGAGAGGUUCAUCGUCCAGGCGUUAACCGUCACCGGGAUGGGUGAGCGUUACACGUCGCGAAUGCCGAAAAUUUAUGGCGUCGCCGCGGAAACGGAGAUUUUAGCCAUGCAGCACAGGCUCGGUGAGAUUAUUGGAGACGGUUCGCAGGCUAUCGGCGAGUCGGAGAGCAUGGCGCUUCAGCUCGAGUUGGUCGCGGCCGAGUUGGCGAGCGCCACGGCGCGUCUCGUACAGAUUGAUCGUGUGUAUUCCAAGGUGGAGAGCUGUGGAAUAGAUGCUUUGUGGGAACUCGAUGGUUCGGACGAGGUAACGCUGAGUGAGGAGUGUAUAAGGCUUGAGGCGGAGCGCGCGGAUGCGAGCGCCAUGUUCGGGCGUAAGCUCGCCGCGAUGGAAGCUGCGCUCGCGUCUCGCGAACGCGCGCGCGCGAAGAUCGUGCGGAAGAAUCAAAACGACGAGUCUUCCAUGAAAAGGGCACAGGGUGAUGCGGUCUCUACGCUAGCAAAGUCGAGGCUGCCCUUGGAUGAGAGGAACACCGUCGCCGCCCCAAAGCUGAAAAAGAUUACCGAGAUGGCCCCGCAAACACCCUUUGCAUCGCCUCUGAGCCGCCCGCUACCGUCUACGCCGUGCGGAAAUGGUCGUGAAUUAAUUCUUCAAGGAUUUAAUUGGGAGUCGUGCCAACACGCAGAAAAAAUGGGCGCGUCUUGGUACGCGCACCUGACUGAGAUGACCCCUCAAAUCGCCGAAGCCGGUUUCACAUCCGUGUGGUUGCCGCCGCCGACGAAAUCUGUGAGUAAACAAGGAUAUCUACCGACGGAUUUGUACAAUCUGAACUCAUUCUAUGGGUCUGAAGAUGAGCUGAGGUCUUGUGUCGCGCGCCUGCGUGAGUACAACAUCACCCCAGUGGCGGACAUUGUCAUCAAUCAUAGAUGCGCCGAGGCAAAGGAUGACGCCGGUCGGUGGAACAAGUACACCGGGAAGCUAGAUUGGGAUGAGCGCGCGAUCACGUGUGAGAACCCCGCCUUUGGCGGCCGCGGGGCACAUAAGACUGGCGAGGAUUAUCUCCCCGCGCCGAAUAUCGAUCACACGCAAGAGUUUGUUCGACGCGAUUUGACCCAGUGGCUCGAAUGGUUGCGUAGCGACGUCGGUUUCCGCGGUUGGAGGUUUGACUUCGUCAAGGGUUACAGUGGCGCCUUCACGGGAGAGUACGUCGAAGCUACGCGACCGUUUUUGGCCUUUGGCGAGUUCUGGGACGAGUGUGGAUACAGGGAUGGAGUCUUGGAUUAUAACCAAGACGCUCACCGCCAGCGCACGUGCAACUGGGUCGACUCCACGACCGGUAACACCGCCGCGUUCGACUUCACGACGAAGGGAAUUUUGCAAGAAGCCGUCUCACGCACCGAGUACUGGCGAUUGAUCGACAACAAAGGUCGUCCACCGGGAUUCUUAGGCAUCUGGCCUUCUCGCGCCGUGACCUUCAUAGAAAAUCACGACACUGGGUCUACGCUCCAGCACUGGCCUUUCCCAUGGGACAAGGUCCUGCAAGGUUACUGCUACAUCUUGACGCAUCCUGGAACGCCUACGGUGUUCUUUGAUCACUGGGUCGAUCCAGUUUUCAAGCCAUCCAUUGACGCGAUGCUUGAAGUUCGUAAGCGCAACCGUCUCUCGUCCAAGGACGCGGCGAUUCACAUUGAGCGCGCCACCGCGGGAGUCUACGCCGCACACGUAGGCCACGCGAAGGAGGCAUACACCGAAGGGCUGUGUACCGAUGUCGACGUCACGCAGCCAUCGAUUUGCAUGAAGAUCGGGCAUGAAGCCUGGUCGCCGAACGCGCAAAAAGUUGGAAACCUAUCUUGGCAGUGCACCGCUAGCGGCGACGGCUGGGCGGUCUGGGAAGAUAAGGCCCAUCUCGUCGAUGCCGAGAAGAUGACCAGAUAG